AUGUCGCAGGAGCUCGCGAAACCCGUUAGCAUUCUGCGCGGUAGUCCGUCGAUUUCGCUGCUCACCGUUCCCACGUCGCUCCUCCGCAAUGGCAGUGUCGCGCGAGUCCCCACCAGAGCGCCGCGAUCUGUCAGCUCAGUGCGGUCCAGGAGGAGGAUCAUGAGCGCAAGAGCCCUUCAGGGAAAUAGCGCAAGAGCCCUUCAGGGAAAUAGCGCAAGAGCCCUUCAGGGAAAUGCACGUGGGGUUACUUGGGUGACCCCGUCGCUCCUUUUUGCCUCCUCCGCUCCCCGUCCUGCUCGCCGGCCAACCACAGCCGUCCGUGCGGGCCGUGGGAUCAGCCACGUGGACGGCCUGGAUCCGGAAGAGUUCAAGAACGCGCGGAUCACGGUGACGGACGACGGGAUUAUAUUUUCGGUGGUGGACGAUAACGAGGCGGAUGAUAACGAGGCGAAUGGGGAGGACGAGGUCCCAGAAGAUGUGUGGGAGAGGGAGGAGGGGACAGAGGGGGAUGAGAGAUCGGUCGUGGGCGGGGUGGAAGAGGAUGGAAGAGAUGAGGGUGUGAGUGGGGAGGAUGAGACGGAGGAAGAGGAGGAAGAAGGGGGGGAGGCGGCGGCGGGAGUGAUGCAGGAGGCGCAGAGGGUGAUGGAAGAAGCGGCGAAGCUCCUCAGCGUGGUGGAACGACCCGUGGUUGAUGUGGCCGUGAGUGACAGUGAGGAAGAGGACGUGAGGGAAGCGGAAGAGGAGGAAGAGACGGAAGAGGCGGAAGAGGCGGAAGAGGCAGAAGAGAAGAGUGUGAUAGAAAAAGAGGGGCAGGUGGAUGUAGGGGACAGCAAGAGGGAGGUAGAGGCAUUGGAGGAGGAGGAGCCCUUGGUUUAUGACCCGCCACCGCUAGCGGACUUGGGUGUGGGUCUGGAGGGGACGAUUGGCGCCACCAAUGCUGCUGGAAUGGUAGGGAGUCCCAUUGCGGACAGCAUCUAUGCUGCCGAGGAUGGGCGGGACGGCACGGGGGAGGUAAAGGCGUUGGAGGAGCCGCCGCUUAUUUAUGACUCUCCACCGUCAGCGGACUUGGGUGUGGAAAUGGAGGUGACGCUUGGCGACGCUAAUGCUGGUAACAAUGCCGUUGCGGAGAGCAGCUAUGGUGCUGGGGAUGGCUAUGGUGCUGAUAAGCUACAGGCACUCCAGGCAGAGCACGAGUUUGUCACAGCAAAAAUGUUUUUCUACCCCGAGGCCGGGCAGGUCCGGGCAGGCGAAACUGUGGAGAUUUUUUUCCACCGCCCGGCGAGUGCGCUGAAGGAAAAGGCUGGGAUUUUUGUGGUUGGUGCUUUUAACGAGUGGCAGUGGGAGCCGUUUAAGUAUGAGCUGAAGCCUUCUAACGAGGUGGCAAAUGACUGGUGGACAUGCAGCGUGACUAUACCGAAGGAGGCGUAUCAGAUGAACUUUGUUUUCCACAGCAGCGACAAUGUAUAUGAGAACAAUGAGGGGCGAGAUUUCUAUAUCUCAAUAGAUGGGGGCAUGGACGAGGAUGAGUUUGAGCGGUUAUUGAAUGAGCAGAAGCAGAGGGAGGCGGAGGAGAGGGCAGCAGAGGAGGCAGAGAGGGAGCGGAAGGCAGAGGAGGAGAGGAGGGCUGCUUUGCUGCUAGCCCAGCAGGAGGAGGAACGGGCGACGGCCUGGGCCGUGGCUGAUGAGGCUCGGCAGAGGCUCGGGCCGAUCUGGGAGAAUGCAGGGGCGGGAGAGGAAGGGGUGUGGCGCCUGGAGGUGAAGGGUGGAGUGGUUGGGGAAGGGAAGGUGGCAGGGGAAGGAGGGGAGGUUAAGAGGGGAGUGGUUGUGAGGGUGGAGUAUAAUCGGGCGGGUAGGCCUCUGGCAGGGGCGGGGGAGGUGUGGCUGCAUGCAGGGGUGAAUGGGUGGCAGGGCGGCGUAUCUGUUGUGGAGAAACUGGAGCCUGUUACUAACGAGGAUGGCGAGUGGUGGGGUGUGGAAGUCUCUCUACCCCGGGACGCAGUGGCGCUCAACUGGGUGUUUGCAGACGGGCCGGUGGGGACAGCGGGCGUGUGGGACAACAACAGCCGGCGGGACUUUGCUGGGCGGGUUGGCAGCGCGGAGCGCAUCGAGGCUCUGUUUGCAGGGAUGGCGGCGGAGUGCCUGCAGCGACUGGAGCAGGAGAGGGAGGAAAGGGACGCGAAAGAGGCUGAGGAGGCAGCUAGGCGUGCGGAAAUCAAAGCAGCCAUGAAGGCUCGCACCAAGGCAGUGUUCCUGCAGUCGCAGGCACACGUGUUCUUCACUGAGCCAGCAGAGCCAAGAGCAGGGGAGGCAGUGCGUGUGUACUACAACCCCAGCGGCACGGCACUGCAGGGCCGGGAGUGUGUGUGGAUGCGCGGGUCGUUCAACCGCUGGACCCACCGCUCGGGGUGCUUCCUGCCCAUCCUGAUGGAGCCUGCUGACAAUGGCACCCACCUCGUGGCUGAAGUUCUUGUGCCCCAGGAUGCAUACAUAAUGGACCUGGUCUUCAUGGACAGCAGCGACCCCACCACGGCAACGUACGACAACCGGGGAGGGCUGGACUACCAUGUGCCUGUGGCGGGCAGCACUGUGAGGGAGCCGCCCCUCUACAUCGUGCAUGUGGCGCUGGAGAUGGCGCCUGUUGCCAAGGUGGGGGGUCUGGGAGAUGUGGUCACAUCACUGUCGCGAGCCACAAUGGAGCUGGGCCACCGCGUGGAGGUGGUGCUGCCUAAGUACGACUGCCUCAAGUAUGACCAGGUGCAAGGGCUUGAAGCAAGGGGCGAUUUUCUGUGGGGCAGUACGCGGUGGCUGGUGUGGCAUGGCCGUGUGGAGGGCAUUCCUGUUCACUUCCUCGAGCCGGAGAGCGGGCUGUUCUGGGUGGGGUGCAUCUAUGGCCGCAAGGACGACGCCGCCCGCUUCGGCACCUUCUGCCAUGCAGCCCUCGAGUUCCUGCUGCAGACAGGCCGCUCGCCGGACCUCCUGCAUUGCCAUGACUGGUCAUCAGCGCCAGUGGCAUGGCUGCAGAGGGAGCAGUACAGCGGGUACGGAGGGGGCAACGCCCGCACGGUGUUCACCAUUCACAACCUUGAGUUCGGGCAGGACAUGAUUGGCCGCGCCAUGGCUGCAUGUGAUCUGGCCACCACUGUGUCACCCACAUAUGCAGCGGAGAUCAGUGGGCAUCCGGCAGUGGCGGCACACAGGGGGAAGUUCCACGGCAUUCUCAAUGGCAUCGACCCUGACCUGUGGGACCCCAUGGGCGACCCCUUCCUGCCGAUGAAGUACUCUUCCGCUGAAGUGGUUGAGGGCAAGCAGGCAGCCAAGGCCGAACUUCGCAACCGCCUCAACCUGCGCUCCUUCUCCCCUUCAGAGGACCGCCCCCUGGUGGGGAUAGUGUCGCGCCUGACAGCACAGAAAGGCAUAGCGCUCAUCAAGCACGCGCUGUGGCGCACGUUGGACAGGGGCGGCCAGGUGGUGCUGCUGGGGUCCGCCCCUGAUGGGCGCGUGCAGGGCGAGUUCGAGGCAUUGGCACGUGACUUGGGACGCUCUCAUGGAGAUAUGGCACGUCUCUGGCUGACCUAUGAUGAACCGCUUUCACAUCUGAUCUACGCCGCCAGUGACAUGAUUCUCGUCCCAUCCAUCUUUGAGCCGUGCGGGCUCACGCAGCUGGUUGCAAUGCGGUACGGAGCGGUGCCAGUGGUGCGGAAGACGGGCGGGCUGAGGGACACGGUGAUGGACGUGGACAGUGAGGAGGACCGGAAGAGAGCAGCAGAGAGGGGCAUGGAGCCCAAUGGGUUCUCCUUUGAAGGGGCUGAUGCUGCUGGGGUUGACUAUGCCCUCAACAGGGACACAGUGAUGGACGUGGACAGUGAGGAGGACAGGCGGAGGGUGGCAGAGAGGGGCGUGGCGCCCAACGGGUUUUCAUUCAAAGGGGCUGAUGCUGCCGGGGUUGACUAUGCCCUCAACAGCGCGAGUGGGCUGAGGGACACGGUGAUGGACGUGGACAGUGAGGAGGACAGGCGGAGGGUGGCAGAGAGGGGCAUGGAGCCCAAUGGGUUCUCCUUUGAAGGGGCUGAUGCUGCUGGCGUUGACUAUGCCCUCAACAGGCCGGCUGCUAGUGUUUGUGAUUUUCCAAGCAGCAGCGGCAGCGGCGGCGGCGGCGGCGGCGGCGGCGGCGGCGGCGGCGGCGGCGGCGGCGGCGGCGGCGGCGGCGGCGGCGGCGGCGGCGGCGGCGGCGGCGGCGGCAGCGGCGGCAGCAGCAACAGCAGCAGCGGCCUCAGCAGGGGCAGCAACCCCCUCAGCUGCACCCCCUCCCUCCCCUCCCUCCUCCCAUCACUCUCCCGCCCUUCCGCAGCAGCAGCAGCAGCCGGACCAGCAGCAGCAGCAGCAGCCGGGGCAGCAGCAGCAGCAGCCGGGAUGGCAGCAGCAGCAGCAGCCGGGGUGGCAGCAGCAGCAGCCGGUGCAGCAGCAGCAGCAGCAGCAGCAGCAGCAGCAGCAGCAGCAGCAGCAGCAGCAGCAGCAGCAGCAGCAGCAGCAGCAGCAGCAGCAGCAGCAGCAGCAGCAGCAGCAGCAGCAACAACAGCAGCAGCAGCAGCAGCAACGGCAGCAGCAGCAGCAGCAGCAGCAGCAGCAGCGGCCUCAGCAGGGGCAGCAACCCCAUCAUCCGCAGCGUCAGCGCGCCACCUCCCGCUCCUCCCCCUUUCUCCUUCCCCGCAUGCACACCCGUUCUCUGGAUCCCAUCCUUGGGACCCCUCCUCCUCCUUCCCUGCAACUCCUUGA